ACAUAAUCCGGGCCUAGCCUGUCCAUGCGUGCAUGUUAGUGUCGCUUGAUUGAGAGAGUGGAAUGUAUGAGUAUCAAUCACCUGUGACUGUGCAUGCAUCUCGAGAAUACUCGAAGGCGCAUGCGCAGCCACAUGCCCUCACACACCUCAAUCCCUUUCACUCUGACUUGUACCUAUGGCAUGGAGCUGGGCGGUUGGCCUGCCAUCCCCUGGAACCUGCCAGCAGUGCAUUUUUCUAAGACGACAUAUCAGGUUUGAGUCAUGGCUACCGCGGAUGUUGAUGAUGACAUUCUAACAAUGAACAGUGAACUACAUUCAGAGCUCGACCGUAUUUGGUGCCACACUGGUGAAGACAGGCGAUCUUUGAGACUGGUGUUGGUUGGAAAAACUGGAUCAGGGAAGAGUGAAACAGGCAACACGAUUCUGGGCGAACGUUUUUUCAUGACUCUUUUUGGAGCUUCCUCGGUGACGGCAACAUGUCAAGAAAAGAGAGCUAAACGGUUUGGGAAAGACAUCGUAUUAAUUGAUACUCCAGGAAUGUUUGAUACGAGAAAACCCAACACUCAAAUCAUGAAAGAAGUUGCCAAAUGUGUCGGCCUGUCCUUGCCCGGUCCGCACGCAUUUCUUCUGGUAAUUCGGGCUUGGAGGUUUACUCCGGAAGAAAACGACACUGUCAAGCAUCUAGAAGACUGUUUUGGUGAGGACAUGUUCAAACAUACGCUUUUGGUUUUCACGGGGAGAGAUGAAUUGGAGAAAAACAACUUGUCGUUCCAGGAGUACCUACAGAUAGCACCAUCUUCACUACAGGAAAUUGUUGAAAAAUGCAACAACCGCUAUAUUGUCAUCGAUAACACUUCGGACAGGAGUUUACGUGACAAAGAUACAGAGAAAGUGAUGGAGGCCGUCAAUGCUCUUGUGGAAGAACGUGGCGGCCAUUACUACACGAAUGAGAUGUAUCAGACAGUCGUGAGGGAAGUGUCGUGAAAGGGAAGGAGGAAAUAAGACGUCAAAAUGACAAAGAAAAACAAAAGGAAAAAGAAGGAAUAAUACAGCAAGUUAAAGAAAAAAUACCAAGAUAGAGUUGGUCGUCUGGAAACUGAGAGAAAUCGAACAGAAAAAAGAAUUGAAGACCUCAAGAAAGAGAGGAAAAUUAUGGAGGAAAAUUUACUCGAAAGGAAAAUGAAAGAUGAACGAUUUAACGCAAUGGAAAGAGAAUUAGAAAGAGUUAAAGGAGAGGUUCAAAAAUAUAGAAAACAAGCUGACGAUGCCAAACAUCAACGUGAAAAUAUAUGUUUACAAGAUAUAGACAAAAGUAUACAAGAACGUCACAUGGCCUUAGAUGAAAAAUGUGACAACGAUUUCAACGUUGACAGUGUAAUGUUGAUUUUGGACACGGUGGCAAAAGUGGUUGGGGGAGUACUUAUUGUUGGGUGGAACAUUUUGAACUUGUUUACAUUGUUAAAAAAGAAGUAGAGGCUCAUGUGCUUGAUUUAUCGUCUUUGUAAUAUAGUAUCUGUUCAUAAAUGGUCGGGAGUGGUGUCUGUUACAUUACAGUGUUUGUACACGGAGUGGUGUCUGUUACAUUACAGUGUUUGUACACGGAGUGGUGUCUGUUACAUUACAGUGUUUGUACACGGAGUGGUGUCUGUUACAUUACAGUGUUUAUACACGGAGUGGUGUCUGUUACAUUACAGUGUUUGUACACGGAGUGGUGUCUGUUACAUUACAGUGUUUAUACACGGAGUGGUGUCUGUUACAUUACAGUGUUUAUACACGGAGUGGUGUCUGUUACAUUACAGUGUCUGUACACGGAGUGGUGUCUGUUACAUUACAGUGUCUGUACACGGAGUGGUGUCUGUUACAUUACAGUGUUUAUACACGGAGUGGUGUCUGUUACAUUAGUGUGUUUGUACACGGAGUGGUGUCUGUUACAUUACAGUGUUUAUACACGGAGUGGUGUAUGUUACAUUACAGUGUUUGUACACGGAGUGGUGUCUGUUACAUUACAGUUUCUGUACACGGAGUGGUGUCUGUUAC